AAUUUCGCCCGGGGUUUCAGCAGGCGACGGCGGGGGAGGAGCCGGGCGGCGGCGGCGGCUCGCACUGGCUGCCGAGCCCCGGCGGGAACCUCCUUCCUCUGCCCCGCGCCGCGGCGAGCACAGCGGCUCCCUCCGCGCCGGCGGCCGGGACCGGGUUCUGCAUUUUUAGGUAGAUCAAGAGCUUCACCAUGUGCGGCAUCUGGGCCCUGUUUGGAAGCGAUGAGUGCCUUUCUGUGCAGUGCCUAAGCGCCAUGAAGAUCGCGCACAGAGGUCCUGAUGCCUUUCGGUUUGAGAACGUCAAUGGUUUCACCAACUGCUGUUUUGGUUUCCACCGCCUGGCAGUGGUUGACCAGUUGUAUGGCAUGCAGCCUAUCCGGGUGAAGAAAUUUCCAUAUCUGUGGCUGUGUUACAAUGGGGAAAUCUAUAAUUUCAAACAGCUGCAGAAGCAAUUUGGAUUUGAAUAUCAGACAUUAGUGGAUGGUGAGGUUAUCCUUCACCUUUACAACAGAGGAGGAAUAGAACAAACAGCUUGCAUGCUAGAUGGUGUAUUUGCUUUCAUCCUUCUGGACACAGCAAACAGAAAAGUGUUUCUGGCAAGAGAUACCUAUGGGGUCAGACCACUGUUUAAGGUGCUGACUGAUGAUGGAUUUUUGGGUGUCUGUUCUGAGGCAAAAGGACUUACCAACUUAAAGCAUUCAACAUCCUUCUGUCCUAAAGUGGAACCGUUCCUUCCGGGUCAUUAUGAAGUGCUGGAUUUAAAGCCCUCUGGCAAGGUUGCAUCAGUAGAGCUAGUAAAAUUUCAUAGUUAUAAAGACGAACCACUCCACGCUGCUUAUGAUACAGUGGAAAAUCUGCCAUCAGGUUUUGAUCUUGAAACAGUGAAAAACAACAUCCGUAUUCUGUUUGAAAAUGCUGUUAGAAAACGUCUGAUGGCUCACAGGAGGAUUGGCUGCCUUUUGUCAGGGGGCUUGGAUUCCAGCUUGGUUGCAGCUGUUCUUCUGAAACUGAUGAAAGAAAUGAACAUCAAUUACCCUUUGCAAACCUUUGCAAUUGGAAUGGAAAACAGCCCUGACAUAGUGGCUGCCAGAAAGGUGGCAACGCAUAUAGGCAGUGAACAUCAUGAAGUAAUAUUUGAUUCUGAAGAAGGAAUUCAGGCAAUAGAGGAGGUUAUCUUCUCCUUGGAAACAUAUGAUAUAACAACAGUAAGAGCUUCAGUUGGUAUGUAUCUUGUCUCCAAAUAUAUACGCAAGAAAACGAAUAGUGUGGUCAUUUUCUCAGGGGAAGGCUCAGAUGAGCUGACACAAGGAUAUAUCUAUUUCCAUAAGGCACCCUCUCCCGAAGAAGCUGCAGAAGAAAGUGAGAGGCUUCUGAAAGAACUCUAUCUAUUUGAUGUGCUUCGUGCGGACAGGACUACUGCAGCCCAUGGACUUGAACUGAGAGUCCCAUUUUUGGAUCAUCGGUUUACUACUUACUAUUUAUCUCUACCAGCAGAACUGCGAAUCCCAAAGAAUGGAAUUGAAAAAUAUCUUUUAAGACAGUCCUUUGAGGAUUCCAACUUGCUUCCCAAAGAAAUACUCUGGAGACCCAAAGAAGCUUUCAGUGACGGCUUAACACCUGUAAAGAAAUCCUGGUUUUCUAUUCUUCAGGACUAUAUUGAUCAACAGGUUCAUGACCUUCUGUUGGAAAAGGCAGCGGAGAAAUAUCCUUUCAAUCCUCCUAAAACAAAAGAAAGUUAUUACUACCGCCAGAUCUUUGAAAAGCAUUACCCAGGGCAAAGCGGCUGGCUGCCCCACUACUGGAUGCCAAAAUGGAUUAAAGCUACUGAUCCUUCUGCUCGCACAUUGAAGCAUUACAAGUCAGAUGCCCAAGAAUAGGCUGUUGAAAUAAUUCCCUAAAUGGAAGUGCUGCAAGCAAUUUGCAUGUACUCUGCUUUAAAAAAAACAAUAGAUCAUGCAGACCUAAAGCUUAAAUGGUAUUUAAGAUGUGUUUUGACAAUGCUAUUGGAAGUAAGAGCUCUCUGUGGUUAGUAUACCAUUACAAAAAUCACCUUGCUGUACCAAAAUAUUUGGGAAAUACUUUGGAGAAUUCUAAAUGGACUAGGAACUAUCUUAUUUGGCAGCUCUGUUCCAUACGUGACCUUGAUUGUAUUCACUUGUCCUGUGGUCAUAUAUAUAUAAUUUAAUGUGAGCUCAGUUUUGAGGACUUGAAUAAGGUUAAGUGAUGCAAACUGCUGCAGGCCCUCUGUGGAAAGGGGAAUUGCACCCUGUUUAGUGCAUUUGUGUACCUGGCUGUGGGAUUCAGACAGUCUGUCUAUAUUAUUCUGUUCUGAAUAUCUUUCUAAUCAUUCCUAUGAACCUUGGUCUAGUUUUCAAAAAGUAUUUAGAUAUAUAUAUAACUAUGCAGAGGUGCUUAUUAGAGGUUAUAGUAGUGGUGGUGCAGGGUGGUACUUAAUGAGAAUCUUAUUCAUUAAUGUAAAACCAUCAGUUGGCUGUUUUUGAUCUUUUAAAUAUAUCCCUAAACUAAAAAUACUGUGACUGUUAUCAAAGAGCAGAACAGACAAGAGAAGCCCAUUUACAUCUUUGUUUCUAAUUCAAAGACUUUAAUUUUUAAAUAUAUGGACUUUAUUUUUUAAAUGUAUUUAUUCUUUCAAAUAGAGUGUUAAUUGCUUGAUUUGUGUUAGUCUGAUGGAAGUUGCAUGACUGACUAUUUUUAAAAAAGUGCUUACUUGCUGUGAGAAUAAGUGUUUCCACCUGUAUGAUGGAAAGGCAGGCUGUGUUGCUGCUCAGCUCCAUGUGGCCAAUGUUACGGUUGAAAAAGUACUGUUAAUCAUAGAUUUUUAGUCAGGCAAAGCACCACUGAAGACAAUGGGACUGGACACCUUUCUUGGAAGAAUGAAAAAGAGGUUUCUUCAGAAACCAUAGGAAUUUUUAUUAUCCUGCAGGAGAAAAAAAAGCUUUUUACCUGUGACACCUUAUUAUUAAUUCAUUAGGGGUGAAGGCUGCUUUUAUAAAAGUAACUUAAAGAUGAGGGUGGUUUAAAAAAUAUACAUGAAUGCUAUAGAUUGACUUCAUUAACAUCAUGCUCUUCAUGAAGACAGUAAUCUAGUUUAAUUUUCCUCUUGUCUUGAAAACUAAAGUCAUUUGCUAUUUAAAAGAAAAUACAAGCUAUCCUGUUUAAAAAUCUUCAUAAAAUGAAUGAUUGUCUAUUUAUUACUUUCUGUACUGCAUUUGAAUCUGUAUUUCAAACAUCUGGUUGAAACCUCUUGGUGGUGCCCUCGGGCCCAUGAACUGUCCAUGUGAACUGUCCAGCUUUACUUGUAGUGGCUGUAUUUUGACGUAAACACAUGUGCUAAUUAUUCAUGAAUAUAUGAUAAAUAAGAGGGUACGUUCCUGCAGACAUCUUGACCUAAGGGCCAUGUGCAUGUGUUUUUAGGUUUUCUUUGAAGCAACAAAGUAUGUUUUGAUUGAGGGAGGAAUAUGAAGCACUGAUGUGAUAUUGAUGUGUAAAGAGAAGAUUUACAAUUCACUGUAAACUUCCCAAGACUCAGAUAGUAGGAGGACAGCAUUUGCCUGAAAUAAAAAUAGGCUCAACUCA